UCUCGUCCGCGUUUUGGCCGUGGUGUUUGUUUUCCUCUCUCAUGACCCGAACCCAGUGUUCUCGGCUGCUCCAGAACCAGAACCGGAGGAGCUGCUCCAGCCAAACCCAUUAGCGCUUCCCCAGAGCUGCUGGAGAAACGUAUGCUGUCCUUUUCCAAGUCCUGUCCUGCACCUACUGUUCAUUUGCCUACACAGUUUAAAAUUUACCUCCUUAAAUACAUCAAGAAACGGCAACAAUACGACACACUGCUGCACUCAGAAGAAACUGAAUGUGAGAAUAUGGAACCCAUGGGAAGGUCCAGCGCUCAGCACAUGUUCUCCAGUUCUCUCCACACAAACGAAUCUAAUAAACAAAGACUGACAAACACAGGAAAGAGCAGAAGUCACCGCUGCUCAGAGUGUGGGAAGAGUUUCACUCAGCGAGGCAAUCUGCGACAACAUCGGCGCAUUCACACAGGAGAGAAACCGUUUCACUGCUCCGAGUGCGGCAAGAGUUUUAGUCAUCGUAAUAAUCUCCAGCGACACCAGCGCACUCACACUGCAGAGAAACCGCAUCAGUGUUCAGAAUGUGGGAAGAGUUUCAGAGAGAAAAGAAGCCUCCAGUUACACAAGCUCAGUCACACGGAAGAGAAACAGCGUCAGUGCUCAGAGUGUGGACACAGUUUUGGUGAUAGCUGUGCCUUUCAAAGACACCAGUGCAUUGACACAGGAGAGAAACCGUAGUACUGCUCAGUAGUAAGAGUUUUACUCAACAGGUUAGUCUCCAAAACACACCAUCGUCCGUCACCUGCAUGAAUGACUACCCUGUUGCACUGACAUCAUAGGCAACUACCAGACUUACAGGAUGUCUACCAAUCCCGCUGCUUCAGGAAGGUCAAGAAGAUCCGGUGUUAUGGUGCCGGGCCGUAUACGAGGUCGCUGAGCCACCAUCUUGGGAGACGUUCAGGGCUCUUUCCCUCUUUAAUCUGACCUGAACGAACACCUGUCCAGACCAGCCUGGCACUCUUCACUUCUGUCUGCUUCGCUUUCCUGCUAUUGUUAAGAUUGUGAUCGUUUGCUUACGCUUUGAAAGCUGGGGGAAAGUAGGGGACUGGGGUCAUGUGUUGGUUUCCAUGUUCUGUUUGAGGUCGGGAGUUAGGGUAGCCUUUAUGCUUUUUUGUAGUUUAGUAAGUUUGAAAUCUUUACUUCUUGUGUUUAUUUUGGCUGAAUGCUUGUCCCUGAAGCCAUCAACCCAGCUUGUUUGAGCUUUUGAAGAAAAUAAACCUGUCAUUUUCUGGUUUAAAUGGUGUCUGAUCUGGCAGCAGGUCUGGAGAGAGAGCCCACUCUCAUUCUCGGUUACGGCCUUAGACCGGGUCGUAACAUCCAGUCAGACAGCAGCCCCCAUCACACUCCCUGUUCACCAUCCUUCGCAGCAUCCAGGCUAGAACAACCCAGCUAAUGAACAGUUUCUACCCCCAGGCUGUCAGGCUUCUGAACAAGCUGUGAAGCUGUGGGUCCAUCCCCCAACUGCCUUUUCACUCAGUCACUUUGUUGUUUAAUCUGUUUAUUGAGAAGCAUAAUAUGGACAAAUGUACAACAUACUGCAUUAUAGUAUAAUUACUUCAGGAUAAAAAAAAAAAAACACAAAAAAAACACAGGACAUCAACAUUCAACAACGCCCACCCUGCUGCAUGCAUCCAACCAAACCUCCUUUCCUAUUACAAUCAGUUGUCUUUCAAAUAGGAAAUAAAUGGGCCCCAAAGUUUCUCAAAUGCAGCCAGGUUGCUUUUUAAAAUAUAGUAUUCUCUAGAUGUAGUAUACAUGUCAGUUCUUACUCAGGUCACUGUCAGCAUUGUUAUUGUAUCAUAUAAUCUCUGGUAUGGACAAUAACACCAAGCCAAUUUAAAGAACAAUAACAGGCACUCAUCACUUUAGAUUGUAUGUCUGUUUUGUGUAUAUUGUCUAGAUUGUGUGGAUGUUUAAUUCUUCAAUUUUUUUAUUUUACUUACUGUAGAGUGAUUAUCUGAGCCUCACCACAAGCAUUUCAAUGCAUAAAUGUUGUGCAAACUUGAGUUCACACCAGAGACAAACUGUCAGUGUGGGUAGAACUUUCAGAAGCUUUAAGAGAGACAAGUGCCGUAUCACUGCUUAGAGUGUGGAAAGUUUUAUCGUGCCCCUUUUUCUCUCAAUUGUUUGUUAUAUUUGUUUAUUUUCCAGAAUAAAUGGCUGUGUGCUUUUAAA